AUGUUAAUACAAUUAAAACAGAAAGCUAUUGAUCUGGUAUCGCGAGCCUGUGAGGAAGACAACAAGAAAAACUAUACUGAAGCCUUGAGACUUUACGAACAUGCGAUAGAUUACUUCUUACAUGCAAUUAAAUAUGAAACUCAAGGUGAGAAGUCCAAAGAGAGUAUUAGAGCUAAAUGUGUUCAGUACUUAGAAAGAGCGGAAAAGCUGAAAACUUACCUAAGUGGUUCCAAAAAGAAAAAGCCUGUCGCUGACGGUAAUUCUGAUGAUGAAGACAGUGACAAUGAAGAUCCUGAUAAGAAAAAAUUAGCAAACCAAUUGUCCGGGGCGAUUGUUAUGGAGAAGCCGAACGUGAAAUGGAGCGACGUUGCCGGGUUAGAAGGUGCUAAAGAAGCACUUAAAGAGGCUGUUAUUUUACCAAUCAAAUUUCCCCACUUAUUUACUGGCAAGAGAACGCCAUGGAAAGGAAUACUAUUGUAUGGCCCACCUGGUACUGGUAAAUCCUAUUUGGCCAAAGCGGUUGCAACGGAAGCCAAUAAUUCCGCAUUUAUUUCUGUAUCAUCCUCAGAUUUGGUUUCAAAAUGGCUUGGCGAAAGUGAAAGGCUCGUAAAGCAGUUAUUUCAGAUGGCAAGAGACAAUAAACCAGCUAUCAUCUUCAUAGAUGAAAUAGAUUCUUUGUGUAGUUCUCGAAGCGAGAAUGAAAGCGAAUCUGCUAGGAGAAUAAAAACAGAAUUUUUAGUUCAAAUGCAAGGUGUCGGCAACGAUAAUGACGGAAUACUAGUACUUGGCGCAACAAAUAUUCCGUGGGUACUUGAUCCUGCAAUAAGAAGACGGUUUGAAAAACGUAUUUACAUUCCUCUUCCGGAGUUUCCUGCUCGAAUUAAGAUGUUUGAAUUACACAUUGGCAAUACCGUAAACACCUUAACUCAGGAAGAUUUCAAGGAGUUAGGCAGACAUUCGGAUGGUUACUCUGGCGCAGAUAUUGGUAUUGUUGUCCGUGAUGCGCUUAUGCAACCCGUACGGAAAGUUCAGAUGGCAACGCAUUUUCGAAGGGUGAGAGGACCUACUAGAGACGAUCCAUCUGUAAUUAUAGAUGAUUUACUGGAGCCUUGUUCUCCUGGAACACUGGGAGCCAUUGAAAUGAAUUGGAUGGAUGUUCCUGGUGAUAAACUAUUGGAACCUAAAGUAUCAAUGGGAGAUAUGGUACGGUCAAUUGGUUCAACAAGACCAACUGUAAAUGAUGAAGAUUUAGAUAAACUCAAAAAGUUUACGGAAGAUUUUGGACAGGAAGGUUAACGAUACUGACUCUUCAAUCGUUAAGACUUUGAAAUGAAGCCUAAUCAUGAUAUAAAAAUUAGCAUUAGCGGAUGGCAUACGAAGGUCCGCUUAUUUAGUACACAUUAUAAAUUCAUGAACAAAAACGUAUCCGUGAUUGAUCUUUCACACUCUCUUUUGAUUGAUAGCUUUGCCAUAAGAUUACGUUGCAUUGGAAUGUUAACUUUACGUACGCGUAUUUUAUCGUUUAACAUGUUAAAUGGUUACGAUUGAAAUUUUGUAAUCAUGUUGUAUCAUACAUACAUCGUAGGAUUAGAAAAAUAGAUUUCAUUCUAUCUGUAAGUUAUGCUUUAACCGCUUUUACCUUAAAGAUAGCUUUAUAAUCGUGAUAAUCUGUACACUGUGCUUGAGUACUUUUCUUACUUCUUGCAAUUUCGUAAACUAACAUUUAUUCCAGAAUACUUAUUGGAUUGGUUAAACAAGGCGGCUAAGCUCUAUAUACAUACAAAUAUACGUACACUAUACAAGAAUAGCUACUAGCUACGCAUAAAUACUCGGUAAAGUGCAAUCACCGAUUCUUAUAGCGGCCUAAUUUGACAGUUGCUGAUAAAUGUAGAUUACCAUAUAUAUUUUUAAUGUCAAGAAAAUAGUAUUAACUAUAAGUUAUCCAUAGUUAAGUAAUCCACUACUAAGCUGUGAUUGUGUUAAAGUAUAAAUAAAGG